CCAUUAGCUCUGCUUAUCUCUGCAUUCUUUACUUCCCUUCAUUAUCCACUCGUAUCUUCUCAUAGGGGAAAUUGAUUGAUUAUGGGUGGGAGUGCAAUGGAUGAUGACUGGGAGUUGACUUCCCUUUCUCGGACCGUGGUCUUAGUUGGACGGACUGGCAAUGGGAAAAGUGCUACAGGGAACAGUAUCCUUGGACGGAGAGCUUUCAAGUCAAGAGCUAGCUCCUCAGGGGUUACAAGUACUUGUGAACUGGAAAGAACUGUGUUAAGAGAUGGUCAGAUUAUUAAUGUCAUUGACACUCCUGGUCUGUUUGAUUUUUCUGCUGGAUCAGAAAUGAUAGGCAAAGAAAUUGUCAAGUGUAUCAACAUGGCUAAGGAUGGUAUCCAUGCAAUCCUUGUGGUUUUUUCUGUUAGGACCCGCUUCUCACAGGAAGAGGAGGCUGCACUUCGUAGCUUGCAGAACUUUUUUGGAAGCAAAAUUAUGGACUAUAUGAUUGUAGUUUUUACCGGUGGUGAUGAGCUUGAAGAAAAUGAUGAAACCUUGGAAGAUUAUUUGGGGCGAGAGUGUCCACAGCCUUUAAAGGAAAUUCUCACUUCGUGUCACAGUCGAUACGUACUUUUCGAUAACAAGACAAAGGAUGAAAUGCAGAAAGCCAAACAACUUCAACAGCUUCUCUCUCUUGUUAACAAUGUUAUGUUGCAGAAUGAUGGACGGCCGUAUACUGAUGACAUAUUUAUCGAGUUGCAGAAAAGAGCAGCUUUGAAACUCCAACAAGUAGAGUUUGAUUCCUUGGAAGGACGUUCUAAUUCUAAACCAGAUAUGACAGAGCUACAAGAGAAGAUUGAAAAAUCUUAUGAUCAGCAACUCAAGCGAAUUACAGAAAUGGUUGAGUCAAAGCUCAAAGAGGCUACUUCUAGACUUGAACAACAGUUGGCAGAGGAGCAGGCUGCACGACUAAAGGCAGAAGAGAUUGCACAAAUAGCUCAAAUGAAAUCAAAUGAUGAAAUUCGUAAGCUAAGAGAGCAUCUGGAAAAAGCACAGAGGGAGACUGAGGAGCUGCGCAAGCAAGCUGAGAGUGCUAGGUGUACAAUUCUUUGACAUGAUUGCCAGCAUGGCAAUAGGUUCUGGUGAAAGAAGUUUUUCCAAGUAUAGUUCUGUUUAUAUAAUCCUCUUCCUCCCUCCUAAACUUAAAUAAAUUAUUCUGGAUGUUUUUCAUUUUCUCUUUUCAGGAUUAUUAUUAUUAAGACUGGUGGAAAUGCUUAUGGUUCUGAUAUGGAUUGCAACUGGAUAUAUAUGGAUAUAUUUUUUUCUGUUUUGUUUGUCUUAGUCUUUCAAUAGAAAGGCCCAGUUAGU